GCGGGCCCCACUGACACAUGACGGCUCGCGAUUAGUUCGUUUUUAAUUUUUUUUUUAAUCAGAUAAAAAACUAAAAAAAAAAGAAUUUAAGCACCCUAUUUGGGUUGCUAGGGUUAAUGGUGCUCUAAGUUCUAACUGCUAGACCAUUGCACGUUUUUUUUAUUGUACAAAAGUUGAAAUAAAACUCUUAAAGAUAUAUAUUAGUUCACCAAAAAAGAAGAUAAGAGACACUUUUUGUAUUUUACAAAAAUUUAAAUUUAAAACUCUUAGAUAUAUAUAUAUAUAUAUAUAUAUAUAUUUUGAACAAAAAUAUAUAUAUCAAAAUAAAAAUAAAUGCAAGAGACUUAACAUUUUUUUUCUUUUUCCUUUUCCACAAAGGAAUUAAAUUCCAUGAACUUAUAUAUCAUCCCACCAUUCUUACCGAAACAAUCUCAUCAAACAAAAAAACGUUUGCCAUUCUAAAACCUUGCGCUCGCUUGACUCUCUACCUCUUCGAUUUUCUACAAGCAAAGCUUUCGUUUGAAAGAGAUUACUUAUCAUGUCUCAGCCAAACCAGAAAAAUAAUAAUUUUAAAGACACGAAGAUCUUCGUUGGAGGUUUAACCUGGAGAACAACAACAGAUGAUUUAAAAAACUUUUUCCAAGUAAGGUUUGGAGAGGUUAUUGAUGCUAAUGUUGUCAGCGAGGGUCUCCCAGGAGGAAAGUUAAGAUCAAAAGGCUAUGGCUUUGUUGUUUUUAGGAAUGCUGAAUCUGCCAAUACAGCUUGUCAACUACCGGGGCCGGUUAUUGAUGGAAGACAAACCAAUGUCAACAUGGCUUACAUUGGUGCGAAGAAUAACACGAACCUGUCUAACCAAAACGGUUUACUAAAUCAGGCUGGACCAUCGCAUCAAUAUCAAAACGGUUUAUUUAAUCAGGCGGCAUCGCAUCAAUAUCAGAUAGCUUCUCACAAUCCAAACCAACAUUUUCCUCAGCCCUACUGGGCUCCAUAUUAUGGACACCGACCUUACAUGUACAACGUUCCAUGCUAUUCUUACCCCACCGCCAUGGUAUCUGUGCAGAUGCAUCAGUAUGUUUUAGCAUAUAGGAUGCAUCGGAACUGGGAACGGCUGAAUAAUCAACCAAGUGUCAAAGUUUCUGCCCCUCCUAAUGCACCAAUAGUUGAGAACAAUGAAGAUGAGGCAGAUACAGAAACAGACAGUGAUCAAGAAGGAGAGAUCAAUGGUGAAGACAAUGACAUCAAUCAAGAUGUAAAUGAUCAAGAGUUAGGAAUUAAUGAAGAAGAUGCAGAUACAGAAGCAGACAGUGAUCAAGAAGGAGAGAUCAGUGCUGGGGAAGACAAUGACAUCGAGCAAGAUGUAAAUGAUCAAGAGUUAGAGAUCAAUGAGGAAGAUGCAGAUGCAGAUACAGAAGCAGAAAGUGAUGAAGGAGAGAUCAGUGCUGGAGAAGACAAUGACAUCAGUCAAGCUGUAAAUGAUCAAGAGUUAGAGAUCAUGAAUGGACAAGAAGAUGGCACCAAGCAAGAAGUAGAUGUAACAAAACAGCUUGGUAAUGGAGUUGAGGUCACACUUCAAUGUGAGAUCGUCUGUGAAGAAGAAGCUGAAAAUACACCCCAAGAAAACGGGAAUGGUCAUGAAGAAAAUGGAGAGCAAGAAGAAGGAGAAAAACAAGAAUACAUUAAGGAGCGAGUAAGAGAAGCGAUAUAAAUAGUUUAAGUCUGCUCGAUCGUAUUUGGAACUAUGAUCAAACUUAAUUAUCUUAUCUAAGCUUAUAUUAAUUUACUUAAUUUAGGACUAACCACUUGUCUUUACAUUUACCGCUUUGUGAAACUUAUAACAAUCUGUUUGUUGGAGCUAGCGAAUUCUAUAUCAUGUGAUCUGUUUGUUGAA